GUGAGCUUUAUGUCUGCCCUGGCGGUAAUGCUUCGGUCUGGUCCGAAUCUGCGUCAGCGCCCCGGUAGUUUGAGGGCCACUAACGUUACAAGUGUUCAUUUGGGAGAGAUCAGCUUUUAAAAAAAAGAUGUCCUCAUUGCCAAGAAGAGCAAAACUACAGGCCCAGAAUGUGGAACCCAAAGAUGAAUUUUCUUUCUUCUCUGAGUUGUCAUCUGGAUCUGAAGGAGACGACAAGGAAGAUAGUAUUUGGGAACCUCAGAAGAAGGUCCCCAGAAACCGUAAGCAGCCUGCCACCAAGGAACCCAACCGAAAGCCUGGGCGGCGGGCAAAGAAGAACACUGCACAGGUGGAUGAUGUGUCAAAAGACGUAGCCGUUAAGGAGGAGUUGAAUAGCCCUGUAGCUAUUGGCAAUGCCAAUUUGGAAGAGAAAAAUCACAAAUUGAGUACAACUAAGACUCUGAAAACUGCAGCGAGAAAACAAAAACCCCCAGCUCAGAGGGCCAGAAAAAAGCUGAAAGUUGAUGAGGAAACCAGCCAAGCCAGCCCCUCAGAGUGUGGGGAUAGCAACCUGGAGAUGCCAUCAACAAGCACCACAUGGGGAGACGUGUGCAAGAAGGAAGAAAGUGAAGACGACUUCACAUUCCAUCAGUCUCCUUUAAAGAGGAUGAAGACCGAAGCGUGUCCCCAGGGGAGGCCUGUCACCUUCCCUGAAGGUGCCAGCAGCGUUAAAGAGGAGGUGGAAAUGAACUGGGACAUAGUACAGGUUUUAUCUGAGAGAACUAAUAUUGAACUUUGGGUUUGUGCCAACAUCAUACGCCUUUUUAAUGAUGACAACACAAUUCCCUUCAUCAUACGCUAUCGAAAAGAGCUCAUUAACAACCUCGAUGCUGAUUCCCUGAGAGAAGUUCGCCAAACCCUAGACGAGCUACGGGCAGUUGCAAAGAAGGUUCAUAGUACAAUCCAGAAAAUUAAGAAGGAGGGGAAGAUGUCUGAGUGCUUGCUGAAAGCCUUGCUGAACUGUAAAACAUUUGAAGAACUAGAACAUGUGUCUGCUCCGUAUAAAACGGGGAGCAAAGGCACCAAAGCCCAGAGAGCGAAGCAGUUGGGCCUAGAAGGAGCAGCACGGACACUGCUGGAAAGCCCAGGGCAGCUCAACCUGUUGUCUUACGUCAGGCCUGAUGUUAAAGGACUCUCCGAGCUCAAGGAUAUUGAAACAGGAGUACAGCACAUUUUAGCAGACAUGAUUGCUAAAGACAAAGAUACGCUCGACUUCAUUCGGAACUUGUGCCAACAUAGAUACAUUUGUAUCCAGUCAUCUCUUGCAAAAGUAUCCUCAAAAAAAGUAAAUGAAAAAGAUGUUGGUAAGUUUCAACUUUACCAGAACUUUUCCUGCAACAUAAGAAACAUCCACCAUCACCAGAUUCUAGCCAUUAACCGUGGAGAGAACCUGAAGAUACUGACAGUCAAGGUCAACAUUUCUGAUGGAGUGAAGAAUGAAUUCUGUAGGUGGUGCAUACAAAACAGGUGGAGACCACGUGGCUUCGCUCGGCCAGAGUUAAUGCAGAUCUUACGUAAUUCACUGGAUGACUCCUUUAAACGCCUUAUUGUUCCUCUCCUCUGUAGAGAGUUCAGAGCCAAACUGACAUCAGACGCAGAGAAGCAAUCGGUGAUGAUGUUUGGGCAGAACCUCCGCCAGCUGCUUUUGACAAGUCCUGUUCCGGGUCGCACCUUGAUGGGAGUAGACCCUGGUUACAAACAUGGGUGCAAACUAGCCAUCAUUUCUCCUACUAGUCAGAUUCUUCACACUGAUGUGGUUUAUCUGCACUGUGGACAAGGCUUCCGAGAGGCAGAGAAGAUCAAGAGACUUUUGCUGGAUUUCAACUGCAGCACAGUGGUGAUUGGAAAUGGAACUGCCUGCCGGGAAACGGAAGCAUACUUUGCUGACCUGAUAACGAGAAAUUACUUUGCACCACUGGAUGUUGUUUACUGUAUCGUCAGUGAAGCAGGGGCCUCCAUCUACAGCGUCAGUCCUGAAGCUAAUAAAGAGAUGCCCGGGCUGGACCCUAACCUGAGAAGUGCAGUUUCCAUAGCAAGGCGUGUUCAAGAUCCAUUAGCUGAGCUAGUGAAAAUUGAGCCGAAGCACAUUGGAGUUGGAAUGUACCAGCAUGAUGUGUCCCAGACUUUACUCAAGGCAACCCUGGACAGCGUUGUGGAAGAAUGUGUCAGCUUUGUGGGAGUGGACAUCAACAUCUGUUCUGAGGUUUUGUUACGGCAUAUUUCAGGACUUAAUGCCAACAGAGCCAAAAAUAUCAUUGAGUGGCGAGAGAAAAAUGGGCCUUUCAUCAACCGAGAACAGCUGAAGAAGGUAAAGGGACUCGGUCCAAAGUCCUUCCAGCAGUGUGCUGGCUUCAUCAGAAUCAACCAGGACUACGUCCGCACCUUCUGCAGUCAGCCUUUUGACUCUUCAGGCCAGAGCCAGGGAGCUGCCUCUCUCACCAGUGAGAAGCUGGGCAAAAAGAAGAGCAAAGCAGAUGUCACCCUCACACCAAACCCCCUGGACCAGACUUGCAUCCAUCCGGAAUCCUACGACAUAGCAGUCAGGUUUUUGUCAUUCAUCGGAGGGACACUGCAUGAGAUUGGAAAGCCUGAAAUGCAACACAAGAUAAAUUCAUCUCUCGGGAAAGAAGGCAUAGAGAAAACUGCAGAAAGGUUAGAGACAACCACCCACACCUUACAGGUCAUCAUCGAUGGUCUGAGUCAGCCUGAAAGCUUUGACUUCCGAACAGAUUUUGAUAAACCUGACUUCAAGAGAAGCAUAGUGUGUCUGGAAGAUCUGCAGGUUGGGACAGUUCUUACAGGCAAAGUGGAGAAUGCCACCAUGUUUGGGGUUUUCGUGGAUAUAGGAGUGGGGAAGUCUGGACUGAUUCCCAUACGAAACAUAACAGAAGCAAAGCUGUCUAAAACAAAGAAGAGAAGGAGCCUGGGCCUGGGCCCUGGAGAAAGAGUGGAAGUGAAGGUCCUCAACAUUGACAUCCCCCGGUCUAGAAUUUCUCUCGACCUCCUUCGGGUGCUGUAAAUUCCCACUGAAGACCAAACCACCAGUAUGUCCCCUCAUUUCUACAGUUUGACAAGGACAAGCCAAAGCUCAUGGGACCUAGACAGCAGAUGAGAGGGAGUCCUAGGUAGAAGUGUUGUCGCACCAUCCUGACUUCUUUUGAAAAAGACCACUGAUGUGGUCACAUGACGUCAUAUGACAGCAAUUGUCUUGCCUUUUGUAAUUCCUCACUGACUGCACUGUCUGUAGCAGGCGGCUUUAUUUCGCCCUGCUGGCAUCUGCUGUCUCGUGCCUGGGUGUGUUGUCUUCUUUAUUUGAAAUGCAUGGUGUUGGUUGACACAUUAGCACUAGCAGUCCUUAGUCCUGCCAUUUUAUUAGUUGUUAAAUUAGAACUUUUGCACAUAAUUCAUAAUUUUUUAAUAAUUUUUAUUUUUCCUUACCAAACCUAGUGAAAAUAUACCAGUAAAAGAGAUUAUCAUGUUUGUGACCAUCAAGUGAAUGAUUCAAUAUGUUCCUCAGAAGAACAUGUGUAUUGGCCCCUGCAAUAAAUGACUGGCUGGUGA